UCAUUGGUACAUGCCCCAGGUGCAUCUCAGCCAUUUUUGAAGCAUCUUUCCUCUGGUUUUGAACUCUAAAUUGAACUAAAUAACAAAUUGAGGAACUAGUGCUGAGCCGAUGCACAUCAAGAUUUAUACCCGUUUGAAGCACUUUGAGAUUAAUUUGUCUGAAUAUCAUCUCUUUGCUCAGGGUCCUGCUGUUGGUGAUGUUGAUGGAGAUGGACACAAAGAUCUUGUAGUUCCCACUUUAUCCGGGAAUAUUUAUGUUCUGAGUGGAAAGGAUGGUUCAGUGGUUCGUCCAUAUCCGUAUAGAACUCAAGAGAAAGUAAUGAUUCAAGUCCUACUUGACUUAAGUAAACGAGGGGAGAAAAGCAAGGGACUCUCCAUUGUGACGACAUCCUUUGAUGGUUAUUUGUACUCGAUAGAUGGACCUACAUCAUGUGCUGAUGUUGUAGAUAUUGGUGAAACUUCGUAUAGCAUGGUGUUAGCUGACAAUGUUGAUGGUGGUGAUGACCUAGAUCUUAUUGUUACAACUAUGAAUGGAAAUGUCUUUUGCUUCUCGACCCCUUCCCCACACCAUCCACUCAAGGCAUGGAGAUCAAAUAACCAAGGAAGAAACAAGGUUGCAAACAGGUACAACCGUGAGGGAGUUUAUGGCACGCAUUCAUCCCGAGCUUUCCGUGAUGAGGAAGGCAAAAGCUUCUGGGUGGAGAUUGAGAUGGUGGAUAAACAUAGAUAUCCUUCAAGGUUCCAAGCACCCUACAAUGUCACAACGACAUUAUUAGUCCCGGGUAACUACGAAGGAGAAAGAAGCAUAAAGCAAAGCCAGAUCUUUGAGCGUCCUGGAAAAUACCGGAUUAAACUUCCAACGUUAGGGGUAAGGACUACAAGGACUGUUGUUGUGGAGAUGGUUGACAAGAAUGAACUCUAUUUCUCAGAUGGCUUCUCCCUCACAUUCCACAUGUAUUACUACAAACUGCUGAAGUUGAUUUUGCCACGAUGCUUUCUUCAAUCUAAGGACACAGAUUUACCCAACAGUGAUUCACAAGCAUUAAACUCAAUGAAAACUUGA